GGGAGGCCGCACUCUCAUCCUCUUCAUUCGGGUGGCGUCUGGGCCUCCACCCGCGGCGCAGAGACAUCUGUAACCAUCAUGGAAGAGGUAGAGGUGGAGAGUCCCCUGAAUCCUAGUUGUAAGAUAAUGACCUUCAGGCCUUCCAUGGAGGAGUUUCGGGAGUUCAACAAAUACCUCGCGUACAUGGAGUCUAAAGGAGCCCACCGAGCAGGUCUUGCCAAGGUGAUUCCGCCUAAGGAGUGGAAGCCGAGACAAUGCUAUGAUGACAUUGAUAAUUUGCUUAUCCCAGCACCAAUUCAGCAGAUGGUCACAGGGCAGUCGGGACUGUUUACUCAGUACAACAUCCAGAAAAAAGCCAUGACUGUGAAGGAGUUCAGGCAGCUGGCUAACAGUAGCAAAUACUGUACUCCAAGAUACUUGGAUUAUGAAGAUUUGGAACGCAAAUACUGGAAAAACUUAACUUUUGUGGCACCUAUUUAUGGAGCAGAUAUUAAUGGGAGCAUAUAUGAUGAGGGUGUGGAUGAAUGGAAUAUAGCUCGCCUAAAUACAGUUUUGGAUGUGGUUGAAGAAGAGUGCGGUAUUUCUAUUGAGGGUGUAAAUACCCCUUAUCUGUAUUUUGGAAUGUGGAAAACAACAUUUGCGUGGCACACCGAGGACAUGGAUCUCUACAGUAUUAAUUAUCUCCACUUUGGGGAGCCCAAGUCUUGGUAUGCUAUACCUCCGGAGCAUGGAAAGCGACUUGAAAGACUAGCCCAAGGCUUUUUUCCAAGUAGCUCCCAAGGCUGUGAUGCAUUUCUUCGCCACAAGAUGACACUGAUUUCCCCCUCAGUGCUGAAGAAGUAUGGCAUUCCUUUUGACAAGAUCACCCAGGAGGCUGGAGAGUUUAUGAUCACUUUUCCUUAUGGAUAUCAUGCUGGUUUUAAUCAUGGUUUCAACUGUGCUGAGUCUACAAAUUUUGCUACUGUCAGAUGGAUUGACUAUGGAAAGGUUGCUAAAUUGUGUACUUGUCGGAAUGACAUGGUGAAGAUAUCAAUGGAUAUAUUUGUGAAGAAAUUUCAGCCAGACAGAUACCAGAUUUGGAAACAAGGAAAGGAUAUAUAUACUAUUGAUCAUACAAAGCCCACUCCAGAAUCUACCCCAGAAGUAAAAAUGUGGCUGCAGAGGAGGAGAAAAUUAAGAAAUGCUUCAAGGAGCUUCCAGGGUAAUAGAUCACUUUCUAAAAGACCUAAAACCGAGGAGGAUGAAGAAUCUGCUGAAUUUUAUGGGGAGGAGGUCUCAAAUCCGGUCAUGUGUCCAGGGCAACUCAAGGUCACUGAAAAGUCAGAAAAAGCAUACAAGCUUGGGAAUACAGAAGCAUCUGAAGGAGAAGCUUCUGAUACCAAGAAACAAACAGAUCAACACUUAAAUGACACCAAACUGUCAGGAAAAAGUUGUACAAAUUCACCUGUAAAAGAUGAACUACAACAUGAAGAUAACACAGCUGAUGUUGUAACUUCACCAUCUAUGCCCAAGGAAGUCUGUGACUUACCAUUUUCUAGUGACCAUAUAACAGAUAAGGAGUCACAUAUAGUUAAGAUUCCACAGCCUGAAUCACCCAAGAUGUCUUCCUCCCUGACAGAAAGUAAUAGAGUACUGACAGAGGGAGAAGACAAUGAUGAAGAGGACAAUGGAAGUAACCUUGAACAUGAAGACAUUCCAGAAGCUCUUAGUGAAGAAAGAAAUGGGCUCAAAGUUCCUAAGAUCAUAGAAGGACAGCCAAAAACUACUAAGAGUUGGCGCCAUCCCCUUGGGAAACCUCCAGCCAGAUCCCCAAUGACUCUUGUGAAGCAGCAGGUAGCAAGUGAUGAAGAAUUGCCUGAGAUUCUAACCACUGAUGAAGAAAUCGAAGAAACAGAGUCUUGGGCAAAGCCUCUCAUUCAUCUUUGGCAGACAAAGUCUCCUAACUUUAUGGCUGAACAGGAGUAUAAUGCAGCUGUGGCAAAAAUGGAGCCACACUGUGCAAUCUGUACUCUGCUCAUGCCAUACUACAAGCCUGAUAGCAGUAAAGAAGAAAAUGAUUCUAGAUGGGAGACAACAAUAAAUGAAGUAAUUAAAUCUGGAAUGAAGACUAAACCCAUUAUUCCAGAGAUGUGUUUUAUUUAUAGUGAAGAAAAUAUAGACUAUUCCCCCCCAAAUGCCUUCCUUGAAGAGGAUGGAACAAGUCUUCUGAUUUCCUGUGCCAAGUGCUUCGUGCGAGUUCAUGCAAGUUGUUAUGGGGUCCCUUCUCAUGAGGUCUGUGAUGGAUGGCUAUGUGCCCGCUGCAAAAGAAAUGCAUGGACCGCAGAAUGCUGUCUCUGCAAUUUGAGAGGAGGUGCUCUUAAACAGACUAAAAACAAUAAGUGGGCCCAUGUAAUAUGUGCUGUUGCUGUCCCUGAAGUUCGAUUCACUAAUGUUCCAGAAAGGACACAAAUAGAUGUAGACAGAAUACCAUUACAGAGGUUAAAAUUGAAAUGCAUCUUCUGUAGACACCGGGUUAAAAAGGUUUCUGGGGCCUGCAUCCAGUGUUCCUAUGGCCGAUGCCCAGCUUCUUUCCAUGUCACAUGUGCCCAUGCUGCUGGAGUGCUCAUGGAGCCCGAUGACUGGCCUUAUGUGGUAAACAUCACGUGCUUCAGACAUACAGUCAACUCAAAUGUGAAGUCAAAAACUUGUGAGAAAGUCAUCUCUGUAGGUCAGACGGUCAUCACAAAGCAUAGAAACACUCGGUACUACAGCUGCAGAGUGAUAGAUGUGACAUCUCAAACUUUCUAUGAGGUCAUGUUUGAUGAUGGCUCUUUCAGCAGAGACACAUUUCCUGAGGAUAUUGUGAGCCGAAACUGUGUGAAGCUGGGCCCUCCUGCUGAGGGAGAAGUCAUCCAAGUCAAGUGGCCUGAUGGUAAACUUUAUGGGGCAAAGUAUCUUGGAUCAAAUAUUGCCUACAUGUAUCAGGUUGAAUUUGAAGAUGGAUCCCAGAUAGCAAUGAAGAGAGAAGACAUAUACACUUUAGAUGAAGAGUUACCCAAGAGAGUAAAGGCUCGUUUUAGACUGGAAGAUUUUUGAACUCAUUGGCACAGAAGACAACUUCUUGAACAGAACACCAACAGCACCGGUACUAAGAUCAACAAUCAAUAAAUGGGAUCUCAUGAGCGUGAAAAGCUUCUGUAAAGCAAAGAACACUGUCAUCAAAACAAAAUGACAGCCUUCAGCUUGGGAAAGGAUCUUCCUCAACUGCAUAUCUGACAGAGGUCUAAUAUCCAGAAUAUAUAUAUAAAGAACUCAAGAACUUAAACAACAACAAAUCAAGUAAUUCAACUAAAAAAUGGGGUACAGAGCCAAAACAGUGAAUUCUCAUUAGAGGAAUAUCGAAUUUUAGAGAAAAACUUAAAGAAAUGCUCAACCUCCUUAGUCAUCAGUGAAAUGCAAAUCAAAACGACCUUGAGGUUUCACCUUAUACCCAUCAGAAUGGCUAAGAUCAAAAACUCAAGUGACAACACGUGCUGGAGAGGAUGUGGAGAAAGGGGAACCCUCCUCCAUUGCUGGUGGGAAUGUAAACUUGUACAACCACUUUGGAAAUCAAUCUGGUGCUUUCUCACACAAUUAGGAAUAGUGCUUCCUUAAGAUCCAGCUAUACAACUCCUAGACAUAUAUCCAAAAGAUGCUCAAGUACACAACAAGGACAUUUGUUCAACCAUGUUUGUAGCAGCUUUAUUUGUAAUAGCCAAAAGCUGAAAACAACCCAGAUGCCCCUAAGUUGAGGAAUGGAUACAGAAAUUGUGGUACAUUUGCUCAAUGGAAAACGACUCAGCAAUUAAAAACAAGGAAAUCAUGAAAUUUGUAAACAAAUGGUGGGAACUAGAAAAGCUCAUCCGGAGUGAGGUAUCCAAGAACCAGAAAGACACACAUGAUAUAUACCUACUUAUAAGUGGAUGUUAGACAUAUAAUAUAGGGUAAUCAUGCUAAAAUCUGUACACCUAAAGAAGCUAAUCAAGAAGGAGGACUCUGGGUAUGAUGCUCAAUCCUCAUUCAGAAAGGCAAAGAAGAUGAACAUCAGAAGAGAGAGAAAAGAGGGACCAGGACAGGAGCCUACCACAGAGGGCCUCUGAAAGACUCUACCCUGUAGGGUAUCAAAGCAGAUGUUGAGACUUAUAGCCAAACUUUGGGCAGAGUGCAGGGAAUCUUAUUAAAGAAAUGGGAGAUAGUAAGAUCUGGAGAAGUCAGGAGCUCCAUAAAGAGAGCAGCAGAACCAAAAAUUCUGGGUCCAGGGGUCUUUUCUGAGACUGAUACUCCAACCAAGGACCAUUCAUAGAGAUAUCCUAGAACCCCUGCACAGAUGUAGCCCAUAGCAGUUUAGCCACAUAGAGUUCAAGUGGGUUCCCUAGUAAUGGGAACAGGUACUGUCUCUGACAGAAACUGAUUGGCCUGCUUUUUGAUCACCUCCUCCUCAGUGGGGUGCAGCCUUACCAGGCCACAGAGGAAGACAAAGCAGCCACACCUGAUGAGACCUGGUAGACCAGGAUCAGAAGAAAGGGGAGAAGGACCUCCCUUAUCAGUGGCCUGGGGGAGGGGCAUGGGUUGAGGAAUGGGAGGGAAGGUGGGGUUGA